AUGCGAACAAUACCUCCUCGGAAGACGAACUACACUUUCGAAUACCACACGCACGGACAGACGAUGGAUAUCGGCUAUUCAACUUGGGUCAGUCACUAUCCUACCAACAAUACCAUUGAGGGUUGGAGACCUAUAAAUGAACUCCUGGUGCCCAGUACCGACCUUACGAUCCUUGCGAUCGCGCCCAACGGCGUCCGACACUAUCAGCCUAAUGACGAUCCAGUCUUCGGUGCUAGUUAUCAAAGGGAUGGAUUCUUCUUGCCUGAUAAAUAUAUUAGCCCAAUAGGUUGUAUCGAUAGACAUGCUAUUUGCAACCCUAACAAUGGCAAAUACACACACUUGAUGGAUAAACGCGGCGCUAUCAAGAACGCGACAGACGGUCAACUGGGCUUGAACCAUGCACAGUUCGUCGCAAUUCAACGACUCAGACUUGUACUGCUCGAGUCAAGCAGCUUCCGCGACGCCGUCUGGACACGUACCCAAGGAUUCCUCCAGGCCCAAGAACGGGUCGCAGGGUCUGCCGGCCUGGCUUUGCCCUCUAACCAGUGGGAGAUCGAAAUGGCUGCUCUUUUCGAUGAUACGCUCGUGAACCUGCAAUAUCACGUUAUGGAAUAUGUGGCUGGUUCGUCGAUACCUGGCAACUUUGAGACUAUCAAGGUCUGGGAAAACAUGGAUACCGUAAACUUGUGGGACAAUACAUCUGACACUGACAAAUAUCCCCCUCCUCAUCUUAGUCAUAUCAGCCAACCUGCCAAGCAACCUACUGUCGCAAAACAAUCCCCGACUUCCAAGCAAGAUACUAUGUCAUCUACGCAGCACGCCUGGGUCGUCGUCGAGCACGGCACACCUCUUCAGAAGAUUGAGAUACCAAUUCCGGAGCCCACUGGUACUGAAAUCCUCAUCAGAGUAACACAUUGUGGAGUGUGUCACUCUGACUUGCAUUUCUGGGAAGGCUUCUACGACUUAGGUGGGGGAAAGCGCAUGUAUGCCAAGGAUCGGGGUGCCAAGUUACCCCGAGCUUUGGGCCACGAGAUCCUGGGUACUGUGGCCAAGCUCGGGCCCGACGCAGACCAGGCAGUACCUAUCGGCGCCAGCAGAGUCGUGUACCCUUGGGUCAUUAGGGGUGUCUUCAGCAACGGUGGCUUUGCGCAGUACGUCACGGUUCCCCACGCCCGGUAUCUUGUUGAUUACGGCAAUGCGAACCCGUCCACAGACUGCACCUUUGGCUGCUCUGGGCUCACUGUUCUGAGUUCAAUCCAGAAGCUAAUGCCGUUGAAGCCAGAAGAGCCAGUCUUGCUAGUUGGUGCAGGCGGACUUGGCUUAGCUUGCAUAUCGAUGCCUCAUGCUCUGGGUCAUAAGAAGAUCGUCACAGCUGAUAUAUCGCCUGAGAAAUUACAGGCAGCUCUUGAAGCUGGUGCGACUGCGGUUGUGGACAGUAAGGCUGGGGAAGACCCUGCCAAGGCGGCUAUACAGGUCGCUGGAGGUCCCUUCUCUGGCGCUAUUGAUUUUGUUUGCAAUAAACAGACAGCCGAAUUUGCCUUGGCAAGUGUUGGAAAAGGGGGUAAGGUCGUCACUGUCGGCAUUAUGGGAGGCGAAACGGCCAUCUCUUUGGUACCUUUCACUUUCGGUUCCAAGUCACUCCUCGGAAUCAUUACCGGCACCCCUCAGCACCUUAGGGACGUUUCCAAGAUAGUUCAAAGCGGAAAACUGAAGGCAAUCCCUAUCACUGAGUUUCCUUGGGACCAGGCAAACGAUGCACUCCAACGAAUUUACGAAGGCAAAGUGACAGGGCGAUUCGUUCUUAUUCACUAG